AUGUCGCUAGCCCCACCAGGAGCGGACCCCUCCAGCAGCGGAGCGGCAGCCGGGCUCCUGUCGAAGACAUGCCAGAACUGCUUCUCGCUGAAGAUUCGAUGCGAUCGCACCCAGCGCCAGGACAUCUGCGAUCGAUGCGCCCGCCUGGGCAAGAGCUGCGUCUUCCGGCCAGCCCGCAGGCGCGACAACAGCGCUAAGCGCGACUCACGCAUCCACGCCCUCGAGCAACAGGUCAAAGACCUGCUUCGACUCCAGCAACGAGGCCCCCUUGCGCAGCAGCCCCUCCCCGAGGGCACCGCCAGUGCUGCUUGUCAGAGCUCACCUCCCAUUGCUGGCGACGGCGACAUUAUCGACGACGAUGUUGUGUCCAUUGAGAGGGCGACGACGCUCGUGGACAUGUACAAGACAGACAUGAUGCCACACUUCCCCUUCGUCAUUAUCCCUCCGUACACCACUGCCGCCGACAUUCGACACUCCCAGCCGUUCUUGUUCCUUGCAAUAGUGUCAGUUGCUUGUUUUCACGAUCUGCAGACGCAAGAAAAGCUAUACCAUCGCUUCAAGUACAUGGUCAGCGAGAAGGUGCUUUAUGGUGGAGACGAGUGUCUGGACCUGCAAUACCUGCAGGGGCUUUUGGUCGCACUGGCCUGGAACCAGUUCCACGGACGAUCGAAGAACUACUCGCAGUACCUCCAGCUCGCUAUCUCGAUAGCCGUGGACCUUCGCCUCGAUCGCAAACCAAUACAUCAGAAGCUCAACGAAGGCAGCAAGCGAGACCCAAUCGCAAAAGCGAACUAUGUAGGCGCGGGAAACUCGGGCUCAGCCGAGCAGCGAGCGGCUGCAGGCGUCUUCUACAUCGCAUCCACUAUCGCAAAAUUGCUGGACAAGAUGAACACUUUUGCUUGCACGCCAUUCAUCGAGGGAGGAUGUCUGUCCUUGCAACAGAAAGCCGAAUAUAGAACAGACAAGGACCUUUACCAUGUCAUUCGCCUGCAGCGUAUCAUCGAGAACAUCGACCAGAUUGCCAAGGCAGCUCACCAUUCGGAAGCUGAAGCUCAUUCAUCUUACCUACGCGUGCGAGCGGAACUCGAAGAGUUUAGAGUCUACCUAUGUUCUGAUGUCAGCGAUAGCCAUCUGUUGUUUAUGCAAUUUCAUACCGCAAAGCUUUUUCUAUAUCAAGUCGCCUUCUUCGAACGAAAUCUGCAACAGUCUCCAUACCUACAUCUCAACAUAUUGUGUGAAGGGCUGGAAGGUGCUAAAUCCUUCCUCGACCUGUAUUUGUGGCUACCUCCAAAGUCAGAGAUGGCCCUUACCAAUAUCGAGUGGAUACAGCUUUCCUUUGGUGUGACACUUGCUGCAAAAUUUUCCAUCGUCAGUAGGAACCCACACGUCGAAGAGCGGGCUCGUGAAUUAAGACACCGACUCAACAUUGACCACGUCUUCCGACACUUGGCUUUGCGGAUUGGCGCACUGGUUGGAAGGGCUGCAGAGGGCGACAAGAGCAAGGACAUAUUCUAUUACUACGAACAGCGAACCCGCAAGAUCCAAACUUGGUACGAGAAGAUGAUACGAGCCACCGGUACAACGAGCCCUCCACAAAUUACCACUCAUCAAACACUGCCGCCUCAUGCUCAGCCACAAAUACAAUUACCAUCUCCAGCUACGCCAUCCGGUGUGCCGGUAUCCACAACCUUCUCGCAUCAGCAACCACAAGGUUAUACAGCACCCAUUAAUUACCCCGACUACUUGUCUCAGAAUACUGGUCAUCAGUCUAUGCCGCCACCCAUGCAACCUCCGCCCAUGGAGGCUGUAGGCAUGGCGCCAGUAAGUUCAUACCAGCAAUACAGUCCUACGCCUGCCCUCGCGUUCCCAGAUCUCAUGAUGGCACAAGGCUGGGAUAGCAUGUUUGCUAUCCCCAUGGAGAAAGACGCACUUCUCGAUGUGAGCCAGGGUUACGGCCUGGGAAUGGCCAGUCCGCCGAGCGAAGGGUCAUCAUGGGCUGAGAGCCCUGCUAGUCAGUAG